GAUAUUAGCCCAAACACUACGCCCAAAUAACACAUUCAAACCAGUCAUUUUAGACAUUUUGGGGAAAACUCCCACUACCUUAUCUCCUCCCAAGUCACUCGUAGAGUCGUAGUAUCAGUUGGGAAGAAGCCGAUCAGAGUCUAAUCCUUUUGAUCUCAACAGUUUUCCUCUGCUUUGCACUGCUCUUUGUGGCCAGAAACCAAACACGUGACACUGGGGAGCAUGGCCACCACGCCCAGCCUUCUCCGAUCCUCUGUUCUUCCCAGCUCGAACCUUCACCGCCAUGCUUCCCGCAUCCACUGCAAUUUACUCCCUCCCUCUCUGCCCACUCCAUCGUCGAAUACCCAGCUCCCUAAUCCCAUCGUUAACCCCCAUAAGCUCAUCGCCGGCGCCGUUACCCAUCUGGGCUCGGCUUCUCUGCCGCUCGCCGCAGCCGCAUUGCCAUUCUUUUUAGAUACCAAGGAUGCGGUGGCGGCGGGAGGGGAAUUUGGGUUAUUGGAAGGGAGGAGUUUGGCCCUUGUUCAUCCGAUUGUGAUGGGCGGGCUCUUCUUCUACACAUUGUGGGCAGGGUAUUUGGGUUGGCAAUGGAGGCGGGUGAGGACGAUUCAGAGCGAAAUCAGUGAGCUGAAGAAGCAAGUCAAGCCUGCUGCAGUUACCCCUGACGGGAGCCCUGCUGCACCGCCGGCGGCUCCUUCCCCUGUCGAAUCCAAAAUUCAGCAGCUCACCGAGGAGAGGAAAGAAUUGCUGAAAGGAGGGUUCAGGGACAAGCACCAUGACGCUGGGUCGAUUUUGCUGGCAUUUGGAGUGCUUGAAUCAGUUGGGGGAGGGCUCAACACCUGGCUCAGGACUGGGAAGCUCUUCCCUGGUCCUCAUCUGUUUGCAGGAUCAGCAAUAACGGUGUUAUGGGCAUUGGCAGCAGCUCUAGUCCCGGCAAUGCAGAAAGGGAACGAGACAGCCAGAAAUCUUCACAUUGCCUUGAACGUGGCCAAUGUUCUGCUCUUUGUCUGGCAGAUCCCUACUGGGCUCGACAUUGUUCUCAAGGUCUUCGAGUUCACAAAAUGGCCUUGAGUUGCAGCCAACCUUCCUUCUUUCACUAGAUGAUUCAUAUCAUAUUGUAUACUAUGUUGUAAAAUUUAAUCUCGCUGUUCUAUACAUUUCCAUCGUGAAAUCUUCCUUUUGUAAGUCGUUUCUAGAUGUCGGCUUUAUUACCAACCUAGAGGUUUCUGGUUUGAGACUGUAAGUCUGUAACAGAAGCAAAGGAACAAGAAACUGGCUACAUUAAA